AUGAGCGCUGCCUCACCAUUGGUGGUGGCUAAACCAUGCACAAAAGACUUGAAAGUGAAGGUUUCGGUUAACACUCAACUUUAUCGCGAAGAAGCUCGUCGUGCGAAAAAAUGUGCAAUGGCUACCGGUGUCAUAAAACUGGACAGUAUUGCUGAAGCUUUUGAAAAGGCUGCCAAACUUUCGCCCCACGGAUCCGCCGCCUUAUCAACCAAUAGCGACCGCUCAUCGUCUGGAGUUUCCACGGCCUCGAAUUCACCAACAUCGUCAACGUCACCGGUGAACAACUUCAGUGAUUCACUGCCUGAUGGACUCUCCGUACCUAUCUCAUACAGUAAUCCGGUGUUCGAACUUGAUCCAGCUGAUUAUCUA